AUGGAGUCCGGGAACCUCAACAAUGCCAUGAAGCACUUCAGCCAUGAGCAUGCCCUAAAAUAUGAGUACAUGCCAAAGGGUAUCGAAUUUCAAUGUUCCGGCUGCAAAUCGCCGGGUUCCGGCCACCUCUUCGCUUGCUGGACAUGCAAUUUUUACCUUCACAAGCAGUGCUUUCUCGCCGGCCGAUCCCUGAAACUUCCUCACAUCCACCCUCAUACUUUGACACUGCUCCCGCAUCCAACUUAUCCCUACAAUGGCUUCCGUUGCGAAGACUGUAAUCUCGACGGGAAUGGAUUCUGUUACAGCUGUUGUGAAUGUGAUUUUGAUCUCCAUGUCCACUGUGCUUCAAAACACAUCCCAAAUCAACCUCCUCCUCCUCCUUUGCCCGAGAAGAAUUCUUUCCCGGUUUCGCCUUUCCCGGAGCCGCCGAAGCUAUAUUCCAAUCUUCAAACUGCAAUUCCAGUUCAACAAACGGAAAAUAACAUCAACCGGAACACAAUCUUUGAUUCCAAAUUUCCGGCACCGGCGCCGGGAAAAGACAGCAAUCCUGUUCUUACUACAACUCCCCUGCCUGAGAAGAAUCCCACCCCGGUUUUUGCCCUACCUUUCAAUAAUUAUAAACCUACUACUCCAUCUCAACAAAAUGAAAACAUCAAUCAAAAUACACCCUUCAUAUUUCCUACAUCACUGACGGAGAAAGAAAAUCAAACUCCUCCUCCUUCUCCUUCUCCUUCUCCUUCCAUUCCGGGAAAGAAUUCCGCCCCUGUUUGGGAUACCACGAAUUUCUUGAAACCUCCUCUACCUGCAAAUUCGUUUCUACAAAUCCGAUCCAACAGUCAAAACACAGGCUUUGAUUUAAAAGUUUCCACACCGUCGACGGAAAAGAGCAAUGGAAUUCCUCUGUUUCCUUCCGGGCCUGGAAAAAGUUCCGCCCCUGUUCGGACUUCCCCGAAUUUCCUGAAUCUUGGAAAACCUCCCAGUCCUCCACCUGCAGCUCCGUUUCAACAAACCCAAUCCAACAAUCAAAAUACAGGUUUUGGUUUCAAAGUGGCUACACCAUCGACGGAAAUGAGCACUCUGUUUCUUUCCGGGCCUGGAAAAGGUUCCACCCCAGUUUGGCAUCUCAAUCAUCAACCUGCAACUCCGGUUCAACAAACCCAAAACAUCAAUCAAACUAAAAGCUCUGGUUUCACAUUUCCAACACCGCCGAUGCCGUCCUUUUCCUCGGGAUUUUCAUCCAGCAAUCACACGAAUGGUUUUCAAGCUUGGAGGGCGAGUUGA